AAUUCAUUUAUUUUUAUGUACGUCGUAUAUUCUCAAUGAAUUGAAUUUUUUUUUUUGCAAUAGUUAAAUAAUAUAAUUUGCAUCCUUUGUUGAGACAGUGUGAGAUUUAUUUGAGUGUGGUUUAAUAAUCUUUCAUAAUCAUCCUUCAUCCUUGAAUCGUCAUCAUCAGUCAUCAGCUUUGGCAAGAAAAGCUCAAAGAUUCAUUUUUUUUAUGUUCAAAUAAUUGCUGUGGAAAUUGAAAUUCAAAUUACAGAAUGUCCGUCAGCGAUAAACUAGAUGUGAUCAUUUUCGGUGCCACUGCAUUCACCGGUAAAUGUGUUGUCAGAGAAUUUAUAUCCCUCAAUGAGAACAAAUACAGCUGGGCUAUUGCUGGAAGAAAUGAAAACAAAUUACGAGAAGUGUUGGAAUGGGCUUCCGUCAAAUCAGGGCAAGAUGUUACUAAAAUCCCUAUAAUCAUUUGCAACUGUGAAGAUGAACCUAGCCUCAACAAAAUGGCACAAAGAGGACGAGUAGUAAUCAAUUGUUGUGGACCUUAUCGAUUAUAUGGUGAACCGGUGGUUAAAGCUUGUAUCGAAAAUGGAACUCAUCAUGUUGAUGUUAGCGGAGAACCUGAGUAUAUGGAAAGCAUUCAACUGUAUUAUCAUGAAGCUGCUGAGAAAAAAGGGUCUUAUAUCAUCAGUGCUUGCGCUUUUGAAAGUGUUUGUUGUGAUUUAGGGGUGAUUCACAUAGUUAAUAAUUUUCCAGGAGAAGUCAAUUCCAUCGAAUCGUUUUUGACCUUUAAGGGAAAAUCGGAUGAAGCCGCAGGAAAUAUUGGUUCUUGGGAAAGUACCGUAUACGCAGUCGCGAACGAGAAAAACAUGAUACGAAUUCGUAAACAGUUACAUUCGUCAUUAAAUGAACCAAAAUUAGAGCCUCGGCUGAAAUCUAGGUUUGUUAUACACAGAUGCGAGUUAUUCAAUAACAAGUUCGCGUUAAUAUUUCCGGAACCGGAUCGAUCGGUAGUAUUCCGAACGCAAAUGUUUCUGCGUAAUUACUACAGACAACGUCCGGUGCAGUUUAACGCUUAUUUGGUUUGCCCAUCAUUGAAAUUUAUGAUUGGAUUGUUUCUUGUCGGGUUCUUCCUAGUUGUAUUUUCCAAGUUUAGUUUCGGCCGACGCCUUCUAUUAAAAUAUCCGGAAUUCUUCUCUUGUGGGAUCAUAUCGUCAAAAGGACCAUCGGAAGAAGCUAUUGUGAAUUCCUCGGCUUGUUUCAGGUUCAUAGUACAAGGUUGGACUAAAGAAAUUGCCGAUAAGUUCGAAAAUAAGGAAGAAAUCAAUGUUCCUACCAAUAAAAAAAUUGUGGCUGAGGUGUCUUGUAAAAAUCAGGCGUACGGCUUUACUUCCAAAGCAGCUAUUAACGGAGCGUUUACAAUUCUACGGGAAUCCGAUAAAAUGCCAUCUAGAGGUGGAGUGUAUACUCCCGGAGGAGCUUUUUCUCGAACUAGCUUUUUUGAUCGGUUGUUAAAAGAUGGCGCGUCUUUCAAGAUUUUGGAAGAAGCUUAAUGGAAAAUAAUCGAUCUUACUCGUAUAUACCUCUGUUCGAACGAGACUGUUGAAAUGGUCAGAAAGAAGAAAACGCCCCGCUGGACAUUUCAUCAGUUGCAUAAUUUCUGGAUAUCUCUUUUUUGUUUUGUUGCAUUUUUUUUUUACUUACAGUUCUCAUAUCAGAGUUACCUACAUUCCUAAAUAUUCAUCAAAGUUUUUAUUGAUUUUUUAUACUUUUUGAAAGUUGUUUAGAUUUAUCAGUGCAUUUUAUGAUUGCAUUUUUAUUCGUUUACUAUUACUGGGUUAACUGGGUAUUGAUAGGAUAUUGAUUUAAGGGCUGGUACCUCUACAUACCGAUGUCGGUGAAUUUAUUAGAUAUUAAAAGUAUAUUCGUAAGGUCAUAAUCAUAACUAACUAUUCAAUAUUCAUACAAAUGGAAAUGCAAUUCUCAUUGUGCCUUUAUUAUUGGUGAUUCGAAUAAAUACGUUGUUAUUGUUUAAA